GAAGGCGCCCGAGGGAGCUUCUCUGCCGCCGCCCCGCUCCCGCCGCUGCCUGGCUUUUCCCUGGAGCAGCUGAACGCGAUGAUGCAGGAGAAAGUGGAGCGACUUCUCGCCCAGAAAUCCUACGAGCACUUGGCAAAAAUACGAGUAGCUAGAGAAGCGGCUCCAGAGUGCAACUGCCCACCAGGUCCUCCGGGGAAAAGAGGUAAGCGGGGAAGAAGAGGAGAGACAGGACCUCCUGGUCAGCCUGGUCCUCAAGGCCCUCCUGGUCCAAAAGGCGAGAAGGGAGAUCAAGGUGAUCAGGGCCCUCGGAUGGUGUUUCCUAAAAUCAAUCAUGGGUUUCUCUCUGCUGAUCAGCAGCUCAUUAAACGCCGCCUCAUUAAGGGGGACCAAGGGCAAGCUGGACCCCCUGGACCUCCAGGGCCACCAGGACCCAGAGGUCCUCCAGGAGAUACCGGCAAAGACGGUCCUCGUGGGAUGCCUGGCUUAACGGGUGAGCCAGGGAAACCAGGAGAACAAGGAUUGACGGGACCUCAGGGGCCUCCAGGACAAAAGGGUUCCAUUGGAGUGCCUGGUGUUCCAGGGAGAGAUGGACAAGUGGGUGAACCUGGUUUGCCUGGCAUAGCAGGAGAGAAGGGAGCAGCGGGGCUUAAGGGUGACCCUGGAGAAAGAGGAGAAAAGGGGGACGCUGGAGAAAAUGGACUGAAGGGUGACACAGGAGAAAAGGGUGACCCUGGUUCUUCUGCUGCAGGAAUCAAGGGUGAACCUGGUGAAUCCGGACGGCCUGGACAAAAGGGUGAACCAGGUCUUCCUGGGCUUCCUGGACUCCCUGGAAUAAAGGGCGAACCAGGUUUCAUUGGUCCUCAAGGAGAACCUGGCUUGCCAGGGCUACCAGGAACAAAGGGUGACAGAGGAGAGGUGGGCCCUGUUGGGAAGGGUGAGCGAGGUGAGCCUGGAGUCCCUGGACCAAAGGGGAAAACAGGUGAACCUGGAUCUAGAGGCCCAAAAGGGUCAAAGGGUGAUACAGGUGACAGAGGUGACAUGGGAUCUGCAGGUCCACGGGGACCACCUGGACAGAAGGGUGAUCAAGGUGCGACAGAGAUAAUUGAUUAUAAUGGCAAUAUCCAUGAAGCUCUGCAGAGGAUUGCCACCCUGACUGUCACGGGACCACCAGGACCACCAGGACCCCAAGGGCUGCAAGGGCCAAAGGGUGAACCAGGAUCCCCAGGAACGCCAGGAGUUGAUGGAGAGCAGGGUCUUAAGGGCUCAAAAGGAGAUACAGGUGAUCCUGGAAUGCCUGGAGAAAAGGGAGGAAUUGGACUGCCUGGCCUGCCAGGAGCCAAUGGUAUGAAAGGUGAAAAAGGAGAUGUUGGUUUCCCUGGUGCCCAAGGUCCUUCAAUGAUAGGACCACCUGGACCACCAGGGCCACAUGGUCCUCCAGGCCCUAUGGGACCUCAUGGACUUCCUGGCCCCAAGGGUGAACCAGGGUUAAAUGGUCUUAAAGGAUUGAAGGGUGAACCAGGUCAAAAGGGUGACAGAGGGCCCCUUGGUCUUCCAGGAGCAUCUGGCUUAGACGGAAAGCCAGGACCCCGGGGUAUAGAUGGCUCGGUUGGUCCCCAUGGCCCCGCAGGUCCUAAAGGAGACAGAGGUGAAAAGGGGACUGUAGGUGACCCUGGACCCAGAGGACCAUACGGCUUGCCUGGCAAAGAUGGCGAGCCUGGCCUUGACGGUUUCCCUGGUCCUCGAGGAGAAAAGGGUGAUAUAGGAGAAAAGGGAGAAAAGGGGGAAAAGGGAAAGAAAGGCAAAAAGGGGCCUAAAGGGGAGAAAGGAGAACAGGGUGCUCCUGGAUUAGAUGCACCUUGCCCAUUGGGUCCCGAUGGAUUACCAAUGCCUGGCUGUUGGCAAAAGUGAUGAAUCUAACCUUACAAGCAUGAAGUUGUGUAUAUAGCGCUCCACUUCUUUUAUUUAUAGUUGAAAACUGAAAAUUUGGUUUUACAAGUCUGAGAUAUGUUUACAUGUAGCUGCUUCUACUUGUUUGCAAUAGUCCAUACGUACUUUUUCACUUACAUCUGCAGUUAGGUGAUACUGCAGGGUAAACCUGCAAAGAUUGUCUCUCUAAUGAGAGAUAUCGAAACAAAAAUCAAUAAUAGAAAUUAAUAUUUCUGUAAAUUCUUAUAUUUUGGCUUGUGGAUAUGCAUGGACAAUGAGUGCCAUGAACUAGUUUACAAGAAAUUGUGACCAAAUAAGAGCAAAAUUCUAUGAUAUGUACUGUACCAGCUGCCAUUGGAGUUUAUUGACUUGGUUUCCGUGUCCAUCUUAAAUACUUCACUGAUUCAUGACACCAUAUCUGCUUGUAUGAACUAAAAGCAUGAGUUCGUGUGCCAAACCCGCUUGUUGUGUGAUCACGUCACGCGCUAAAUGGCUGCUCACGGUGACCUUUGAUUCCAGCUUCUGAAUAAUUUCCUUUUGUCAUCUCAAGGGAGUCACACCAUGGCUCAUUGCUAAAAAGAGAUAAACCAGAGGAGCAUAGAAAGAGGCCUUGAAUUUUUGGGGAAUAGAGUUCCAGCUGCAGGUGGAUGGCUUCCAGUCUUGCGGGAUACUUGGCCCCUUUGAUCAAAGAGGGUCGCGCCUGUUUAUCAGCAUCAGUUUGCCUUGCACUGCUCACGGUCGUGAAGAUAUUCACGAUAGGCCCUGUCGAGUUCUUAAUCAAGAAGGAAAGAAGUUUGAAGAAGAAACCAGACUUCUCUGUGGGUUGUUUGAAAAGGUUGCAGAGGUGCUGCAGGGAUCAUUUGAUGGCAGACACCGCCUGAGACCAGAAGCUUCUCAACCUUACUCAAGGAUGGACAGAGUAUGUGCUCUGCAUAUUGUAUUUUGGGACUGCUGGAGGAAAAAGCAUUCUUGAGGUGGGGAUGAAUUGGAUCAUCCUCCAGAGGAGGAUUAUAAUGGAACUGACCAUAGAUGUAUGUACCAUGGUGUGGUUUUCAGGUUAUUCACUUUAAAUUACACAAAGCUAGCUGAACUUUUCUGCAGGAUUUUGGAAGCUAUGGUUAAUUUUGUUUCCUUUCCUGUAACUGUUGCCAUAAAGAAUGCAUUUCAGUAAUCUAUUCAACAUUUGUGAUGAUGGCAUUGAGGAAAAUACUUCAAGCCACAUACUCAUCUUGUUUCAGUAUUAACAGUUUCUAUUUCGAAGUCUUUGAAGCCUUUAAGUCUAGAAAAGAAAGAGUUUAUUUUUGUGUUUCACAGACUGAUUUGUUAAUCUUGUUCCUUUUAUGUUGUUACAGUGACUUUAGCGGACAUUAUUACUCAAAAAACAUUGGAGAGAAACAA